AUGGAUUACAGCUGUAUAGACGACAGUACUAGUACCACUUCAGAAUCUCUCUCCUUCUCCACGCCGUCAGCAAACAAGACGACGACGACGGAGAAACUUCCUCCUCCUCCUCCUCCUCCUCCUCAAGCGAUGCGUCUCUACAGGAUGGGAAGCGGCGGGAGCAGCGUCGUUCUGGACUUGGACAACGGCGUCGAGACGGAGUCACGGAAGCUCCCGUCGUCGAAAUUCAAAGGCGUUGUUCCUCAGCCUAACGGAAGAUGGGGAGCUCAGAUUUACGAGAAGCACCAGCGCGUCUGGUUAGGCACUUUCAACGAGGAGGAAGAAGCCGCUGCUUCCUACGACAUCGCCGCUCGGAGAUUCCGCGGCCGUGACGCCGUCACCAAUUUCAAAUCCCCGGCGAUCGACGGCACCGACGCUGAAUCGGCUUUCCUCGACGCUCAUUCCAAGGCCGAGAUCGUCGAUAUGUUGAGGAAACACACUUACAACGACGAGCUUCAACAGAGCAUGCGGAAGUUCCUUGACGGUAACGGUAACGGAAAAUGCUUUGGAUCGGGGACGACGAUGACUCACUCGGAGGGAAACGGCGGCGUUUUGAGAGCGCGUGAAGUUCUUUUCGAGAAGGCCGUUACGCCUAGCGACGUCGGGAAGCUGAACCGGUUGGUGAUACCGAAACAGCACGCGGAGAAGCAUUUUCCGUUACCGGCGCUGACGACGGUGACGGCGAUGAAUCCGUCUCCGACGAAAGGCGUUCUGAUUAAUCUGGAAGACAGAACGGGGAAAGUGUGGCGGUUCCGUUACUCGUACUGGAACAGCAGUCAAAGCUACGUGUUGACCAAGGGCUGGAGCCGGUUCGUUAAAGAGAAAAAUCUCCGAGCCGGAGAUGUGGUUUGUUUCGAGAGAUCAACCGGACCAGACCGGCAACUGUAUAUCGAUUGGAAAGUCCGGUCCGGUACGGAGCAACAAACCCCGGUUCAGACUGUGGUUAGGCUUUUUGGGGUCAACAUUUUCAAUGUGAGUAGCGCUAAACCAAACGACGUCGCAGUAGAGUGCGGUGGCAAGAAGAGAUCUCGGGAAGUUGAUUUAUUUGCGUUAGGGCGUUCCAAGAAGCAGGCGAUAAUCAACGCCUUGUGA